AUUUGAUGGCAGUCAGUUUUGCUGAAAUAAAAUAUGAACCGAACUGAGCCUCAUUUCCCCCUUUCCCAACGUGUGUCAAUUAUCUGAGAGGCAGCAUGGCUUCAUCAGCGAAAAGACGUGCAGUUGGAACUGGUGAAAAUCCUGAGGACAGUGAUGACAGUUUGGAUGAAGGACUAGAAGAGGAGGACGACGAAGACUCGGAAGAAGAAAUAAACGAGGAGGUUGUCGUGGAUUUCGAAGCCCACGCGAUAUGUGACAACGAUUUCAGUGGCGUUAAGAAACUGCUGCAGCAGCUUUUCCUGAAGGCUCAUGUGAACACCUCUGAGCUCACGGACAUCAUUAUCCAGCAGUCUCACAUAGGCAGUGUCAUCAAGCAAGCCGAGUUGCCGGACGACAGCGAUGAAGAGGAUCCGGACGAAGUGUUUGGCGUUAUCAGCAUUUUAAAUCUAACCGAGAGAAAGGGUGUUGAAUGCGUGGAACAGAUCAAGGAGCUGAUUUUAGGGCAGUGUGAAAAACUGUGCCCGGCUGGUGUGCUGGAGCAAUUUGAGAAGGUUCUGCAUGAUGGAUCUCAGUCUGUUGGACUGCUACUCAGCGAACGCUUCAUCAACGUUCCUCCGCAGAUUGCUCUGCCUCUCUACAGACAGCUCCUAGAGGAGAUGGCUGAGGCACAGAAGACCAACAAGCCCAGUGGGAAGUGUCACUACUGUCUGCUGAUCAGCAAAACGUGUCAGGAAACCAAGAAGCCUGCCCGAGGACCUCCCAAAGGGGAGCUUCUUUUCGUCAACGCCGAGGAGGAGUUCUUUUAUGAGCAAGCCGUUGCGAAGUUUAACUACUCUGUCCAGGGGGAGGCUGAUUCAUGUCUCACAGGAAGAUGGUCAUUCGAUGAUGUGCCCAUGAAACCCUUCCGUACGGUGUGUCUAGUUCCCAUGGACAGAAUGCCAUUUAUCAUGGACAAGCUAAAGGAGUACCUCACCCUCUAAACUGACCCUACAGGCCUCCAAGCCUUUCAUCUCUUUCAACACUGACGGACUGACCUUUGGUCCGCUAUAUGAAAAUCUAAUGAGAUUUUUCUUUUACAUCCUUUGGAGCUGUUUUCUAAAAGGUCAGAUAUUCAGGAUUUUAGCUACUGACCAAUAAGGCAAAUGGGACUGUAGGCCAGGAUGAAACCAGAAGCCAGUUCCUUUUACAGUAACUUAAUAGUUUGCUGUAAUCCACGAAACAGAAGUGUGUAUAUUACAUCUAUUUUCCCAAAACACUGUCUGUGUUGUGUGUGUGUAAUCAUCUGAAAUGGGCUAUAAAAUAAAGUGCCUUUCUCUUA